AUGAAAGGACUCAAGACAGACAUCAUGUUCAAAGCUUCCUCUCUGCUGCUGCUGACCGUCGUCCUAAAUGUUCAACUAUGCUCAUCAGCACCAAUACCUGCCAAAGUUGUUCACUCUCUUGUUGAGGCUGAUGAACCAGCUCCAGAGGAACUUGCACCAGUAAUUGAAAACCACAUUCACUUUAUAGAGGAGAAAGAAUCAGUUCAUGAUAAACUCAUUCCAGUUGUUGCAGAAGAAGCAACAUCUCCUGAGGAAUUACCCGCUGAAGAAGACAUUCCAGUUGUUGAAAUACAACCAGAACCAGUUUUCAUCGGAGAUCAGGUCUCUGAUGACACAGAUGAAGCUAUAUCUGAGGAAACAGCUAUUCAGGAGCCUUUGGCUGCAGCUCCACAAGAAUCUUCAGAGGUAGAAACUGUCCCUGUAGAAGCUGCCAUUGCAGAGGCAUCUCCAGAUCAAACUUCAGAAGAAGUUCCCCCAGCUGUUGCUGUAGAGAGUGAGUCUUCAGAACAGCACCAUGUGGAGGAUCCAGCUCCAGAAGUACCGAUCCCCAUUAUUCCUUUAGAAGCUUCAGAAGAUGAAGCUUCAGAGGAAAAUGCAGCAGAGGAAGCUGCUCCAGAAGAACCUUUACUUAUAGUCCCAGAUGACAAUACUGACGUAGAAGAACCUCUUCCAGUGACACCAGAAGAAGAGGAAAAUGCUGUCCUCGUCCCUGCAGAACUUGAGAUAGAGGAGGUAGGUCAAGAGGAACCUGCUCUAGAGGAAACAGCUCCAGAGGAGCAAGUAAAAGAAGAAGAAGCAGUUGCCCCAGUAGUCCUAGAAGAAAAUGCUGAAGUGGACCCUGCUGCAGAGGAAACACCAGAGGAGUCAGUCCCAGAAGAUCCAGUUGCCAUUGUUCCUUUGGACCCUGUUGAAGAGGAGCCAGAGCUGGAAGAACAAGUUAAAGAAGAUGCAAUCCCCAUAGUUUCCCCAGAAGCACCAAAUGAAGAGCCUCCAGAAGAAAAGGAAUCUGUUGUCCUGGUCCAUGCAGAACUUGACCCAGAAGAGGAAGGUCAAGUGGGAGUGGAUAUAGAAGAAACAGUACCAGAAGAGGAGGAUCAAGUGAGGGUGGCUAUAGAAGAAACAGUACCAGAAGAGGAGGAUCAAGUGAGGGUGGCUAUAGAAGAAAUGAUACCAGAAGAGGAAGGUCAAGUGGGAGUGGAUGUAGAAGAAACAGCACCAGAACCUGCUAUUAUUGUUCCUGUGGACCCCGCUGAACAGGAGCCGGAUCAAGAGGAACAAGUGGAAACAGUCCCUAUUAUUUCUUCAGGAACAAAAGAAGAGGAAGCUCCAGAGGAGCAAGCAAAAGAAGAAACAGUUGCCCCAGUAGUCCCACAAGAAAAUGCUGAAGUGGACCCUGCUACUAAUGAAGAACCUCUUCCAAGUCCAUUUGACGAAGAGGAAUCUGUUGCCCUUCUUCCUAUAGAGCCUGAAGUUCAAGUGGACCCUGCUGCAGAGGAAGAAGCACCACAAGAGUCAGCCCCAGAAGACCCAGUUGUCAUUGUUCCUUUGGACCCUGUUGAAGAGCAGCCAGAGCAGGAAGAACAAGUUAAAGAAGAAUCAAUCCCUAUAGUUUCCCCAGAAGCAACAGAUGACGAGCCUCUAGAAGAAUAUACAGAAGUAGAAGCUGCAGGGGUGCCUGUCCCAAUAGUCCCAGAAGAAAAUGCAGAAGAGGACCCCACUAACAAAGAACUUAUUCCUAUUACACCAGAAGAAGAGGAAUCGGUUGUCCUUGACCAUGCAGAACUUGAACCAGAAGAAGAAGGUCAAGAGGAAGCAGCUAUAACAGAAACAGCACUAGAAGAGCCUGUUGUUAUUGUUGUUGUGGAACCUACUAGUGAGGAACCAGCUCCAGAAGACCCCGUUGUUAUCAUUGUAGAAGAGGAUGCUCCAGAGGAUAACACAGAAGAAGAAGUUGUCCAAUCAGAUCCUCUACCAAAGGGAACAGUCACAAUUCCUCCCCCAGCUGUAACUGAUGCAGAACCCGAAAUCAUUCCGACUCCUGUGGAAGGUGGUAAUAGCACCAGCAGUGAAGAUUUCAAUGCUGCAAUUAAACUGAUAGAAGAAGAACCUGACACUGAAGUAAAGAUCAGCUGA